AGCAAAUAUGAUAUACAUUGCAGCUAACGUAUACACUUAUUCUCGUAGCAGCUAAUCGACGACCCACUAAAAUCUCCAGGUCAGUCAGCGCGCUUAUCUCUGCGAGGGAUGUCGUCGUUACCAGCCCUCCUAGUUGCCGUCGUUGCAUCCAUCUCAGGAAUCAUCAGCGGGGCGGAAAUCAAUCAACUGGACAUACCCGAUGUGAUUCGAAACGGAACAGGACCUGUCACCUUAAGUUGCGUUUACGACCUUACAGGUAGCGAUAACGGACUGGUUAUCAAAUGGUUUCACGACGAAGCAGAACUCAUUUAUCAAUGGAUACCUCCAAUGUCUCCCCAGGAUAUUGGAGUGAUCAAGGGGCUCACCGAAUACCCUGAGGAUGCCGUAAGCCGGCCGAAAUCACACUCGAUUAUUAGACUGAAAGAAGUGACUCUUGCGAUGAGUGGGAAUUACACGUGCAGCGUGAGCACAUUCGAGGAAGAAGACAUCAAGACGAAGAGAAUGAUCGUCUAUGCUCCGGAAAGCAACGCGACCGUUUUCGUGACGCCUCCGAGCUCGAAGGACGGUCCGAUUACCUUAGUUUGCGCGGUUCAUGGUGCCUGGCCUCGUCCUGGCCUGACAUUUUUGGUAGACGGAGUUCCGGUCGAGGGACAGUUUACGGUUUACCCAGCGAAUCUAGAGGAGUACCAGAAUCAAGGAUCGUGGGUGCGUUAUGAGGCGACGAUCGAGGAGCCCCUGACACCUGUCAGGGUAAAUUGCGAGAUCAACAUCCCCUUCACGAAUUAUCGUCGGCAGGAAGGCAUCGUUUACUACCCCAGUUCGCAUCGUUCCACAGCCCCAGUAGACAAUGAAAACGCUUCCUCACCCCAUUGCGCAUCCAAAUUUUUGGAACCAAUCGUUUCUCGCGCAGCUGAAACCGUGACGACGAAUCCUGAAAAUAAGGUUUCAGAAGCCCAGUCAUCCUCUUUUUCCGUUUUUCCAAAUUCAUCUUCUCACUCGACGUCUGCGGACAACGCUACAGGACAUCUCGUACAUACCGUUACAACUCAAUCCCCGGAUUCUCCGCGGUCAUCCCGACCCACUGAACCAAUUCCUACUCAGAUUAUUGCCGACUGACCCCUUCGACCUUGUCCUAGUUUUGGUUCGUCCCGUAUCUUCGUUACCCUCGUUGCUUGUACCACCCCGUGUCGAUAGGUGAGUUUCUGCACGAAGUUUACUCCUUCCAGAAGAACGAUUCAGCCGAUUUCGAUUGUAGCGUCGCUGCAGCUACGCUACUAACGUUACUUCUAGUCUUCACGUGAUUGUGGGCGUAUAAAUAAAAAUAUGUAUAGUAAUUUUAAAAAAAAAAAAAUUAAUAUAAACCUACGCGCACAAUAUUAUUAUCACGUAUACAUAAGAAGCUCAUGCAACGUUACAUGUACGAUAUAGAAACGAACCAGAAAUAGUGCAUACUCCAUUGUAAAAAAAAUUGAAAAAAAAAAAAACACCAAAUGAACCAAC